AUGGUCCUUCACCUACUUGCCAUUGAUAUCACCUCUGCUAUUAAAGUUGAGCCAUGCUGUUGGAUGACUUACACCCGGCAUCGAGAAACUCAAGACACCCUCCAGACCCUCGAACGAUUGGACAUUGAUACCGAUAAGAAGACUGAAGAGGAGCUUUAUGAAAAGUUCCAUCUUGAAGAGCAGUAUCUCAGUGGGACACUGACAAAGUGGCAAAAGUGGAAACCCAAGCUGUGGGCCCUCAUUGACGAGCCGUAUUCGUCAUUGUAUGCCAAGGUAAAAGUUAAUUUUAUUUCCCAGAAUGAACAAAUCAGACACUAG